AGUACCGAGAAAAGUUUUCUCGAAAAUGGGUAAAAAAUUUAAUGUGAAAACGCAACCCAUAUACUAUAUAUAUAUACACAUUGUUAGGCCCAAAUGACGCAGUUUGUAAUUUCCUUAUUCUAAAUCAAUAAGUGGCAAUAAUUAUUGAUUAGAGUACAUACACAAUUUGUCUCACACCUCACUUCUCUCCAAUUUGCUGCUUCAAUUCUUCUUCUUGCUCAACUCGAUCACAAUCGUAUAAGGUUAGGGCGAUAUGGAGGCAACGAAAGGAAAGAAGGAAAGUAAAAUUGUUCUGACGAAACCCUUCUCAUUGGAGGGUGAAUCAGAUUUAGAACCAGCUUAUAGUUAUAGAGCCCCUAAUCUCCUACGUCGUUUGUUAAGUUUACUCAAAAAUGUGAGGCCAGGAUCAGAUCUCACACACUUCCAGCUGCCACCUGUGUUUAAUUUCCCAAAAUCUCAACUCCAAUGCUAUGGUGAAUCGGUGUACUGCACAUCUUCCAACUUGCUGAGCCAAUGCAACAGUGGGCAGAGUCCACUGGAGAGGUUCACCUCUGUGGUAGCAUGGAGCAUAUCUACCACACGCCCUACAUCUUUUGGGGUAGCUCCCUACACUCCCACUCUUGGUGAGACUCACCAUGUUUCUAAGGGCAAUCUUAAUGUGCUACUAGAGCAGGUUUCACUCAACCCUCCAGUAUCGGCCCUCCAUGCAACAGAUGAGAAGGAAAACAUUGAAAUGAUUUGGUGCCAGCAACCUGUUCCAAAGUUUCGUGGUACAUCUAUCGAAGCUGAAGUGCACGGUAAACGGCUGGUGAAGCUCCUAAAUCAUGGAGAAACAUAUGAAAUGAAUUCUCCUCACCUUUCAAUUAGAAUUCUUCCUGUUCCUGGGAUUGAUUGGGUUGGGAAUGUUAAUAUAAGGUGCCAAGAGACUGGUCUGGUGGCUGAAAUAUCAUACAGAUCAAGUCCUUCUUUUUUAGGAUUUGGGGGAAAUCGUAAAUUGAUCAAAGGGAAGAUUCUUGACACAUCAUUGUUCAAAGUUCUAUACGAAGUUGAUGGUCAUUGGGAUAAGACUGUUAAAGUGAAGGAUACAAAUAGUGGAGAAGUGAGAGUGAUAUAUGAUGCGAAAGAAGUCAUUUCAGGGCUCAAAACUCCUAUUGUUAAGGAUGAGGAGAGUGUGUGGCCAACAGAAUCAGCCCUUGUUUGGAGUGAGUUGAGCCAAGCUAUUAUGAACAAAGACUGGGAGAAAGCAAGAGAAGCAAAGCAAAGUGUGGAGGAAAGACAGAGGAAGAUGUUGACAGAAAGAGACAUGAAAGGAGAAGGUUGGAUUCCAAAGAAUUUUAGGGUGUCUUACUGUAAGGAGAGGUGGGAAUGGGAUUGUUCACCCACUCAUAAAUGGGUCCCUACUGCCCCGAUCAUAGCAUAGCUCAGUAAUUUAUUGUUAUGUACCGUCUCAUCUAAAUCUUGAAUAGCCAAAAUCACGGUUAGACUGCCCAGGAAUUGAAAUAUUAUGCAUUUAUUUCUGGUUGGACACAAAGGGGUUUUUAAGAUUCA